GCCCAAUCAGCGCUGAGCUCACUCCGGCAGCCCCCUUUAUAAGACCUCCGUCUGCUCUCAGGUUUUUAUUCUUUCGCUGUUCGCACACACACCGAAACUGUAAAAUGGCCAGGACCAAGCAGACCGCCCGUAAAUCCACCGGAGGAAAAGCUCCCAGGAAGCAGCUCGCUACCAAAGCUGCCCGUAAGAGCGCCCCGGCCACCGGCGGAGUGAAGAAGCCUCACCGCUACAGGCCCGGCACCGUGGCCCUCAGAGAGAUCCGUCGCUACCAGAAAUCCACCGAGCUGCUGAUCCGCAAGCUGCCCUUCCAGCGCCUGGUCAGGGAGAUCGCUCAGGACUUCAAGACCGACCUGCGCUUCCAGAGCUCCGCCGUCAUGGCUCUGCAGGAGGCCAGCGAGGCUUACCUGGUCGGCCUGUUCGAGGACACCAACCUGUGCGCCAUCCACGCCAAGAGGGUCACCAUCAUGCCCAAAGACAUCCAGCUGGCCCGCCGCAUCCGCGGAGAGAGGGCUUAAACUGACCUGAGAUCAGUGUUAAAACACAACGGCUCUUUUAAGAGCCACAAACAUCCUCACGGAGCAACAGGUCCUUUAACGUAUUCAUUUCCUUCUAGAUGAAACCUGUUUAUAGUCCAUUUGCCCGCACAGCCCGCUCCAUACUGUGAUAACACUGAGUUUAGGUCCUGCGUGUAUCUGCAGCCUGAACUGUUUUAUUCACCAUCA